AUGGGGUGUAGGCAGGUUGUGGAGAGGAUCAUACUGAAGGCACUCGCGCUGUGCAGGAGCUGGAUGAGGGCCAGCAGAGAUGCCAGCGAGCCCAUUGACGCAGCCGCUAGCACGCGCGAGCCAGGUCCCUCGCAUUCAACAUUGCCGUCGCUCUUCUUGUGCCGCAAGCACGUCGAACCAGCACCAGUGAAAUGGACGGUCUUGAUGGCGCCCGAAGUAUGUAGCCCCACGGCAGAAACCCCAGCAACCCUGGCUCUAGCAAAACGCUCAAUCGCCACGCUUGAUCUCAUUUUUCUGCCCAGGCAAGGCCUCCGCCGGGAACAAGGCCUUUUUCAUGCAGAUGAUGGCAGGUCGAGACUUGACCACAUUCUCCAUGCCCUCACCUUCUCCAUGCCCUCACCUUCUCAAUGCCCUCACCUUCUCAAUGCCCUCACCUUCUCGUCCCGAUGCUUCUUUGGAUCAGCGCCCCCGCCACCGGCUCCCAAGCCCAAGCCAAAGCCCACGUCGGCAGAUACAGAGGACGCGGAGCGACGACGAAAAGAAAAGGAAGCCUACGAGCGCCAAAAGGCCGAGUUGGAGCGGGAGGAGGCCGAGGAACGCAAGAAAAAGGAGGAAAAGGAGCGCAAGAAGCGUGAAGCCGAAGAAACCCGCCGCAAAGAGCAGGAGGCCGCCGAGGCGGAGAAGAAGAAGCAAGAGGCAGAGGCAGAGAAGGAGCGCCGUCGCCAAGAGGCUGCCGAGGCCGCCGAAGCCGCUGUCGAGGCCUCAGAUCCCGCCGCCGCUGCAUCAGCUGAAGAGGAGGUUGAGUCUGAUGAGCGUGAAGCGCCCAGCUCCGUCCCAGCCAGCUCCCCUCCCGCCGAGGAUGCCGACAAGCCCAAGACGCAUCGCUGCAAGGCCAUCGCGCCUUACGUUGCCAAAUCUGACGAGGAAAUUUCCUUUGACAAAGACGACGUUGUCUUUGUCAUCACACACGAUCUCAGCACCAAGGUGUUACGAGGCGUUUGUAAGGGCAAAAAUGGUUGCUUUCCCGGCCACUUUGUCGAGGAUACGGCAACCGGACAGCGUUGCGGUGACCCAAGCCUGCACUUCAAAAUGGGCGUCAAAUGCCGCGCUCUAGGCAACUACACGGCGCAGGCUCCCGGGGAGCUGAGCUUUAAGCGAGAUGAGGUUCUCUUCAUCUCGGUUCUCAACAACGACCGAAUGCUCAAGGCCGUCUGUAACGGCCAGGUCGGCCUGGUCCCUCGCAGCUAUGUGGUUGAUGUUGCCGAAGAUACGGCUACUAGUGACAGUGCGCCUGCUGCUGGGGAUGGUAACACAGCAGCUGUCCCCGUGGCGCGAUGCUGCGCCAUUCGCCCACAUUUUUCCAAUCGCCAGGGCUGGCUCGACUUUGACAUUGGCGACAUUGUCAUGGUGCCCAAGAAGGUGGAGGGCAAAAAGACCUGGCAAGGUGUUUUUCAAGGCAACGUGGGCAAACUCCGAGCUGACUUUGUCGUAGACACGGCCGAGAUCGCACCCGACAUGCUGGAGGAAAUGGUGGCCCAGGCUCGUGCAGCGCGCGAGCAACAGCGACGUGCGUCCCAGCCUCGUGCAGCCCCCGCUGCGGCAGCCCCGGCCCCCGCGGCCGAUCCCUUUGCCGCCAACGUGUCUACGCCGGUGGCCGACCCAUUUGCCGCCACUACCGACCCGUUUGCUGCCGCUGCUGAUCCGUUCAGCCCGAGCGCAAUGAAGAGCUCACCCGUGGCUGGUGGCACCCCGGGCAGCACAACGAGCCAGCGCUCCACAAGUGGGCGUCGUAGUACCAAUCGCCCACACGGCGGCGCCAACAACGCCAUUCUGGGUUCGCUCAAUGCAGCGGCCUUUGAAAAUCUCGAGGCCGCGCCCUCGGCGCCCGUCAAAGCUCAUGCCACACCCAGCGCCCUUGAGCGUACAUCCUCACGCAAGGCAGCGCCCCAGCCCCAGGCAGAAACGGACGCCUUUGCAGUCUCCGAUCCAACGCCCGCGGCUGCCGCCGAGCCCACGUCGCAAUUCGAUGACGCCUUUGCCCCUGCCGAGGGCAACGCCCCUCCGGCAUCGGACAAUGCUGCUACCGCCGCAGGCUUUGGAAAUGACGACUUUGAUCCCGCAGGACUGGAGGCCUUUGAUGCCGCCUUGGACGAUAUUGAUGUCGAAGGUGCCGUUGCCUUUGACGAUGGAGUUGAUGAUACCACCGACGCGUCUGCCGGCGCCACGGCCGCCGAUAAGAAGGCACAAAAGGCCGAGGCAAAGCGGAUGAAGGAAGAGGAGAAGCGGCGUCAGAAGGAAGCAAAACAGCAGGCCAAGCUGGAACGCAAGAAUAGCAAGGGCAACUAG